AUGGCUGUGUGCAGGCAGAGUGUAGUAAGCACCUUCCUGCCUCCUCCCCAGGUGUUGCAGAGGAGGUUGGACGGCUCGGUGAACUUCUACAGACCCUGGGAUCAGUACAAGACGGGCUUUGGUAACGCUGCUGGAGAGUACUGGCUCGGUUUGGAAAAUGUCUUCUACCUGACGCAGAGAAAAAGGUACGAGCUGAUGGUCAACAUGGAAGAUUUUGAUGGAAACAAAGUGUUUGCUCGUUACUUCUCGUUCUCCAUCGGUGGAGAGUCUGACGGCUACAGGCUGAAUGUGUCUGGAUUCACUGAUGGAGGGGCAGGAGAUGCCCUGAAUUUUCACAACCAACAGAAGUUCUCUACGUUUGACAAAGACCAGGACAGCUCGUCAGUGCACUGUGCAAAAACAUACCUGGGGGCGUUCUGGUACAACGACUGUCACUAUGCAAACCCUAACGGGGUUUAUCGUUGGGGAGCUGAUGGCACUAUCUUUGCUGUUGGUGUGGCCUGGCACCAGUGGAAGGGUCAUGAUUACUCUCUGAAGACCAUCAGCAUGAAGAUCCGUCCUCUGCAGUUAAUCUACAGAACAAACAAAUGUCUGACAUGA